CGUGACCGUCGGUCCUGUCGUUCUGCGGCCGCUCGGGCUUCUCUCUGCCUUUUCUGCGCCCUCAACGUCUCCUUGGUGUCGGCCUUCACUUUUCGGUUUCUCAGUCUCCCUCCGCAGCUCCGGCCUCCGGAACCGGCAAGAGACGCCGACUGGGCUCUGACUCGGAGCCCCAGCCCGGCUGUGGCAGCGACGCCCCGGCCGCCGCGCCUCCGCCGCCUCCUUUGGGUGCGUUGUAGGGGCCCGAGGACUUGUGACUUAGGGCUGCGCCCGGGCUGUUGGGUCUCCGGCACAGGCCCAGUUGGAGAUCUGUUGAAAAACAUUUAAGAUCAUAAAAUUUGGAUGACCAAAAUGGAUAUCCGGGGUGCUGUGGAUGCUGCCGUCCCAACCAACAUUAUUGCUGCCAAGGCUGCAGAAGUGCGUGCCAACAAAGUGAAUUGGCAGUCCUACCUCCAGGGGCAGAUGAUUUCUGCUGAAGAUUGCGAAUUUAUUCAAAGAUUUGAAAUGAAGCGAAGUCCUGAAGAGAAGCAAGACAUGCUUCAAGCUGAAGGCAGCCAGUGUGCUAAAACAUUUAUAAAUCUGAUGACUCAUAUCUCCAAAGAACAGACAGUCCAGUACAUUCUAACUAUGGUCGAUGAUACACUGCAGGAAAAUCACCAGCGUGUAAGCAUUUUCUUUGACUAUGCAAAACGUAGCAAGAACACUGCCUGGUCCUACUUUCUGCCAAUGUUGAAUCGCCAGGAUCUCUUUACUGUUCAUAUGGCAGCAAGAAUUAUUGCCAAGUUAGCAGCAUGGGGAAAAGAACUGAUGGAAGGCAGUGACUUAAAUUACUAUUUCAACUGGAUAAAAACUCAGCUGAGUUCACAGAAACUGCGUGGUAGCGGUGUUGCUGUUGAAACAGGAACAGUCUCUUCAAGCGAUAGCUCUCAGUAUGUGCAGUGUGUUGCUGGGUGUCUUCAGCUGAUGCUCCGGGUUAAUGAGUACCGCUUUGCCUGGGUUGAAGCAGAUGGGGUAAACUGCAUAAUGGGAGUUUUGAGUAACAAAUGUGGCUUUCAACUCCAGUAUCAGAUGAUUUUUUCCAUAUGGCUCCUGGCAUUCAGUCCUCAAAUGUGUGAACACCUGCGGCGCUACAAUAUCAUUCCUGUUCUAUCUGAUAUCCUUCAAGAAUCCGUCAAAGAGAAAGUAACAAGAAUCAUUCUGGCCGCAUUUCGUAAUUUUUUAGAAAAAUCAACCGAAAGAGAAACUCGCCAAGAAUAUGCUCUGGCUAUGAUUCAGUGCAAAGUACUGAAACAGCUGGAGAACUUGGAACAGCAGAAGUAUGAUGAUGAAGAUAUCAGUGAAGAUAUAAAAUUUCUUUUGGAAAAACUCGGUGAGAGUGUCCAGGAUCUUAGCUCGUUUGAUGAAUACAGUUCAGAACUGAAAUCUGGAAGGUUGGAAUGGAGUCCCGUGCACAAAUCUGAGAAAUUUUGGAGGGAGAAUGCUGUGAGAUUGAACGAGAAGAAUUAUGAGCUCUUGAAAAUCUUGACAAAACUUCUGGAGGUGUCAGAUGAUCCACAAGUUUUAGCUGUUGCUGCCCAUGAUGUUGGAGAAUAUGUGCGGCACUAUCCACGAGGCAAACGGGUUAUCGAGCAGCUCGGCGGGAAGCAGCUGGUGAUGAACCACAUGCACCACGAAGACCAGCAGGUCCGCUACAACGCUCUGUUGGCUGUGCAGAAGCUGAUGGUGCACAACUGUUUUUGCAUAUCUCAUGGACCUCGCCAGAUAGAGCACAGAGAAAUCAGAUAGACUACAUCUGUGGAAAGGGACAAUGGAAAAGCUCGAUAUCAUCAGUCAGAACAAGGCCAGGGACCGACUGUGGAGUAGACCAUCAAUUGCUCAUAUGCAAGUUCAAGGUGAAACUGAAGAAAAUCAGAGCAGGUCCACGAAAGCCAAAAUAAGACCUUGAGUAUAUCCCACCUGAAUUUAGAGACCAUCUGAAGAACAGAUUUGACGCAUGAACACUGGUGACUGAAGACCGGACGAGUUGUGAAAGAACACCAUAAGUGAAGAAAGCCAUACGUCAUUGAAAAGACAGGAAAGAAGAUGGAUGUCGGAGGAGACUCUGAAACUUGCUCUUGAGCCUCGAGAAGCUAAAGCAAAAGGAAGAAUUGAUGAAGUAAAAGAACUGAACAGAAGAUUUCAAAGGGCCUCUCGAGAAGACAAUGUAAAGUUUUACAAUGACAUGUGCAAAGAGCUGGAGAUGGAAAACCAAAAGGGAAGAACACCCUUGGCGUUUCUCAAGCUGAAAGAACUGAAGAAAAAAUUCAAGCCUCGAGUUGCCAUAGUGAAGGAUUCCAUGGGGAAAAUAUUAAAUGACGCAGGAAGCAUCAAAAGAAGAUGGAAGGAAUACACAGAGUCAUUAUACCA